AUGAAUAGAGAGGAGGUCAGGGAGAGAGGAGAGGAGAGGAGGAAGAGAGGUGAGGACAGAGGUGAGAAAGGAGGGAAGAAAGAGGGGAAAAGAACUCUCACAGACUUGGUCCAGACUCUCACAGACUCGGUCCAGACCAGACCUGAGGACCUCACAGACUUGGUCCAGACCUGCAGGAUGGCCAGCAGUGCAGCAGUGGUCGUAGUCCCCACAGCGCCCCCCUGUGACGGCCCUGUGCAGCUGCUGUGUCCGCGCUGUCAGCAGAUGGUCCUGUCGAAAGUGGACUACACUGCGGGCCUGCUCACCUAUCUGUUCUGUGGAGGACUGUUCUUCUGCGGCUGCGUCCUGGGCUGCUGCCUCAUCCCCUUCUGUGUGGACCGACUGAAGAACGCCAAGCACUCCUGCCCCACGUGCAGGAGUCCACUGGGGGUCUACAAGCGCCUGUGA